AUGAGUACUGGAAAAUCGUUAUGGGGCAAAUGGAUCGAGGAGAACUUGUUGAGGAAGAAAAGCUUUUGGGAAGUCAAGAGUAAAACGCAAAUUGGUUCGUGGAUGUGGAGAAAGUUGUUGAAGUUAAGAGACAUUGCAAAGACAUUUUACAUGAAGGAGAUUGGUAAUGGUCGUCAUACAUUUUUUUGGUAUGACAAGUGGUCAGAUAGAGGGGCUCUGAUUGAUAUACUGGGGGAAAGAGGUAUCAUAGACAUGGGCAUUGGUCGAGAAUCCACUGUUGAGGAAGCAAGUUAUCUACUAUGGAUAGAGUUGCAAGAUGGAGCCAAUGUGCGGAUACAAUAUGUGUCCUCUAUAUGGGGAUCUCUUGUAAAAGGGAUAUUGAAAGAGACGUAUACAAACGAGUGGAAGGACAUUGUGAUUUGGAUAUCUGAUGAGAAGAUGGAAAGGAUGAGACUGUUUUGUAUCAGAUAUGCAUUUCAAAUAGCAUUGUAUACUCUUUGGAGAGAGAGAAACAAGGUUCGUCAUGAGAAGAAGCUCAUGCCAAUCGAAGUGCUGAAGAAAUUGGUAGAUAAAGGGGUGAGGAAUAAGUUAAGUCUGAUGAGAUCAAAGAAAGUAAGAUUUAUGGAGAAAGGGUUACAGUUUUGGUUUAGUACAAGAUUGUAA